AUGGCUACGCAGUUUAAAAUUAAACUACAUCGGUUAAGACUUUUAAGUGUGCGAGAGGUAUGCUUCGGCACGAAUGGGUCGGCUCGACCGGAGACCACGGCCUUACAGAAAACCGGCGUGAAACAACCACAGCGUUGUGUUCGCCAUCAUAUGAAGACAAACGAGCAGACAGAUCACCAGAAGCAAUCAGUGUCCCUCAUGGGGACUUUUGAAAGUCUAACAUUCUCUAACGUUUUGAGGAAUUCAAGGAUCAGGGAUAGCCAUACAGAUUGCGUCCACCUGCAACUCUACAAGGACUUGAAGGAACGUCAAAAGAACGGCCAGACCAAAGCUUCCCUGUCGCUGCAGCAGUACCUGGGCAUCGAGUCUGGCUUCACCCUGGACAAGGAGUCCAAUACCCUGGCCAUACUCUGUGAGGAUGUGGUGCCUGUCCUCGCGUUUGAUACCAGGGAAAUACUGAUACAGUGGAGAGUUAAAGUCCAACAUAAUCUUGGAGGCAGCAAGGAGUUUGCAGCGGUCAUCAUAUCUUCUCCCACUGCUGCCAACAUAAGGGCAGGACCCGUCAGAUUACACGCAUGUGGACCAAGACUAGCCCUGUGCGCAUCUAGACCACCUGAAGUUUUAGCUCUGUGGGACGUCAAACUACUCAGACGCUACGGGGUGGUCGACAAAAGGUUCUGCGUGGAAGGAGGCUCCCGUUGCGGUAAGGGCGAAGGCCUGUUCAUCUUCGCAGCGGAAGGUGGCAGGGAGCUGACGGAACUCCUCAACGUGUACAGUCAUGAGGCACAGUCCAGGCUCAGCAUAGCUUCUAGGAGUGGAUCAGUGCUAGAAAAGCGUUUCUCAGACGCCAGUUCCUGCAUGGACGAGUGCUUUCACACGUCUCUAAGGUCCGUGUCUCCAUCUUGGGCAGCCCCUGCAAGUCAGACCAUGCACUGCCUAUCAGAUCUGGACUCCAGCCUUGAUAGUGAAGAGAAGUUCAGGAGGCCCACCUCAUUGCCACGGUGUUCCAGUUGCAUUGGAAAGAUCAGUCAUUUGACUAGAUCGUCAACAAUGAACACUCCUGGUUCAAUAAUGUCCCCAGUUUGGACAAUGGACAAUAUUUUGGAAAAGCGCUCGGAUUCUGACCGAGCGUCCAUAUACUCUCGGUCGAGUGGUAGUGCAUCAGAGUAUAGUGUGCCACGCAGUACCUGUCUCCUAGACAAGAGUUUUGAGUCCAAACGUGCAAGCCCAGUGGCUUGCUGCACGCCCACUGUCCCUGCGAAGACGGGCGGCAGUUGCCAAUGCUGGCAGCAGGUUAAACCAUGCUGCUGUAGAAAGAAAUCCUUCAGCGGACCCUACGAGAACUACGAUGUUCCAAAAACACCAAUGCCCUUAAUACAGGAGCACCCAGUAGACUCUCACACGGACCCCUCCAGCAUAUACGACACACCAAAGAAACUGAAAUGUCUGAUCAACGGGCAGCCGUGCACCUGCACACACGAAGCCAAAAACGUAGAGAACCAACAAACAGAUAAUAACAACACAAGUGAUACUAGCAUAAACAAUAACGAAGCUGAGACACAUUCCAACUACGUCAACGUUACCCCACAACCCACUGCUACUAAGAAACCAGUACCAGAAAUAGACUUUGCCAAUUACGCCAACAUAGACCUCACGACACUUGAAAAGUUCGAGAAUUCGCUACAGAUUCUAAGAAGCGCUGGAUUCAGUCAAGAAGAAUUAGACGCUUUAGAAGACAUACCUGAGCAUGACGACGAUAUAUCAACCGCCACAACGAAUACUGUGCAUCCCUCUACAGAUUGUUGUAAUGAACAUUUAAAUUACAUGCACAUGGAACCACUAGAGAUCAGUAUUUCAAGUAGCAAACAGAAUUUCUCAGACAAUGUGAGUCGGAUCAGUCAUGUGUCGGACCCCACACAGCAUUCUGAGUCAGACAAUACAAUCAGUACGCGGCGAUCAAGUUCCGCGGACUUUACGAAGAGACAUGAUGACGAUUAUGGAAUGAACAAUCGGAUAUGUUUCACGCCAACUGUUCUUAGGAAAGCAACAGCGACAGAUCGAAUUAACGAAGGCGUCCAAAUCAGUUUAGAAAUCAUUGAACCGAAGGACAAAUUCAAAGUUCCCGAGAUAAAAAGCGAGAACGCACUGGUGACAAAGUUUAGGGACGCUGUGAAAAUACGGCGUUCAUCAAGUGUUCCUAGUAAAUCCGAUAAGAAUAGAGAUUCGUCGAGUUCAAACGAUUCGGGUGUUUCAACUGGGUCUUUAAAGCAUCAUAAGGGAGAUUUUAACGACUUUGAAAUGCCAAUAACCAGUUCGAAGUCAAUAAAGAAGCAUGUAAAGAAUAAUAAGCAGAUGAGGAAAGCGCUAACUCCAGUGCAUGCCUUCGUCAAGUCCAAUUCUUCAGACCCGUUGAAGAACCUGACAUUUCAAUUUGAGGAGGUGGCGACGUUGACGAAAUCUAAUUCCUGUGAUGUGGACACGCUAACGAGACGGAAGAAGAGACCUGAAACCGAUGUCACAGCCCGCCACAGUCAGAUGACGACCAAAUCUACAUCCAGCGGAGCGUCCGACACGUCCGACUACAUGGAAUCCCUCUCCGUGUCGUCCUUCAGCUCAUGCGAUGUGUCGGCCGAUAGACACGUCACUAGGCCGAGGUCCGGCAAGGAGUACGCGAGCAUUGAUAGGACAGCGCUAGUCUAG